AAAGCUUGGAGGGAGGCAAAGGGAUCGAUGAUGAUGGGGUUGAGGCACCUCUUGGUUACAGUAUUUCUCUACAACUUCGCCACGUUCAUGGUGAUCCCAGCUAUCACCGAUGUUACCAUGUUGGCUCUUUGUCCCGGAAAAGACAAGUGCUCACUAGCCAUUUACCUCACCGGAUUUCAACAGGCGAUCAUAGGGCUGGGAACACUAGUGACGAUGCCUCUGGUUGGAAAUCUCUCGGACAAGUAUGGUCGGAAAGCUUUGCUGGCAGUCCCUUUGGGUCUCACCAUUAUUCCCCUGAGCAUAUUGGCGUACAGCAGGGAGAGGAAUUUCUUCUUUGUGUACUACGUCCUCAAGACCCUCACUGCAAUGGUUUGUGAAGGAAGCGUUCAGUGCCUUGCCCUUGCUUAUGUGGCAGAUAAUGUUCCGGAAGGGCAACGAGCAUCGGCGUUUGGAGUUUUAUCGGGGAUCGGAUCCUCCGCAUUCGUCUGCGGAACCCUAUCCACUCGUUUUAUCUCCACUUCCUCUACUUUCCAGGUUGCGGCGGCCGUGGCGGUCAUUGCUGCGGUGUACAUGAAGGUUUUCCUCCCUGAUUCGAUCUUAGACGACGCUCUAACAGUUCCAAUAAUCUCAGAGGAGAAACUGUAUAUCACUAAACCGGAUGGAGAACCAACUAGGAAUAGUAACGGUACGCAGAUAUUCAAAAGAAUGCCUUCUUUGGACGAUAUGGUCUGCUUGCUGAAGACUAGCUCAACAUUUUCCCAAGCUGCAAUUGUUGCGUUUUUCAGCAAUCUUGCAGAUGUUGGCCUUCAUGCUUCUAUCAUGUAUUACUUAAAGGCCAGGUUUCACUUUAACAAGAAUCAGUUUGCUGACUUAAUGGUCAUUUCUGGGAUUGCAGGGACAAUAUCACAGCUGCUUCUCAUGCCUAAAUUGGUUCCUGCUCUAGGAGAGGAGAAGUUGCUUUCAAUAGGGCUCUUUUUUGGCUGUGCACAUAUGUUUCUUUACAGCAUUGCGUGGUCCUUCUGGGUCCCCUAUGUCGCUGCUAUGUUCUCCAUAUUGUUUGUUUUCUCACAUCCAUGUAUGAGGAGCAUUGUUUCUAAACAAGUUGGGUCCUGCGAACAGGGAAUGGCUCAAGGGUGCAUUUCGGGCAUAUGUUCCUUUGCCAAUGUUGUUUCUCCCCUAGCUUUCUCUCCUCUAACAGCUUUAUUCCUCUCUGAUCGGGCACCCUUCAAUUUCCCUGGAUUCAGUAUUAUGUGCAUCGGAUUUGCCUCAAUGAUUGCCUUUGUUCAAAGCAUGAUGAUAAGGGCGGCUCCUCCCAUAUCCAGUCACAGAGGCAGCAAUGGCAACUAUGCAGAGGCCUAAUUUUCAACGAUGCCAAUGCUUCAAACUGGAAGCAUUCCCCUUGUUUUCUAAGUCCUUUCUUUUGUAUAUACACCUAUUGGGGAGAAAUGUAGAACUUUCAAGUUGCAACAAUCAUCUUGCCCUGGUAAUUAUGAGCAGCUGUAAAUUAUUCCAAGCCGUUUCGCAUUGGGAGGUGGGAAACUGCACGCCGGAGCCUCUUUUUGAAAAGCACAUCAAUGGUAAAAAGCCUUGAUUGUUGAUAUUUUUAGGACAUCAGGACAUGCAACAUGUUUUUGACACUUCCUGCGUCAAUCGAGUAAUGCAUUGGAUGGCUUACAGCUUUAUGGUACUGAAAAUUUUCUGCCCCAUCUGUUUAUUGCCAUAUCU